AACCGACCCCUGAACAUCACUUAGAGUAGGUAGUGUUCUGAAGGAUCACGAUAUUUUUCUUAGCCUCAUAGCUAAAAUCUUUGUGUCGCCCGACUAUGUCUGUUCGUUCAGUUGCCCUCGCGGCGCUCGCAGCCGCCGUCGAGGUCGCAAGCCAAGAUGUCGUGCUCGACGUCCCAAGCGACCUCGCGCCGCGAUCGUUAGUCCCGGACGUGUACGGGUACUCGAUAGAACCCACGUGGGUCAACGACUACGUCAGCACGCCGCUGACCAACAACCUGCUGAGCGCCAUAAAGGACGUCACGGGCAAGCCGCCCGGCAUCCGCGUCGGCGGCAACACGGCCGACCAGACGUACAUCCACCCCACGCUGGCCACGGGCAACGCCUCCGUCGCGAUCCCCGACGCCGCGACCGCGAAGCUGUUCAACAUCACGCCGAGCUGGUACGACGGCUGGGCUAACUAUUUCCCGCCCAGCACGGAGUUCGUGUACACGCUGAACCUGGGCGUCAACACGUCGGCGUGGGCCAACGCCGUCGCCGAGGCGGGCGCCGCGCACGCCGCCCUCGGCGACAAGCUCGUGCUCUUCGAGCUCGGCAACGAGAUCGACCACUUCAUCAACAAAGGGUGGCGCGACCAGUCCUGGGACGUGGCGACGUACCUGCAGCAGUUCCGGAACCUGAGCGGGCAGGUCGUGGGGUCGGACUGGUACAAGCAGGCCGGGGCUAGCGCCCCCAAGUUCCAGGCCGGCGUGUUCGCCGACCCGCCCUGGGUCCCCGACCAGCAGGACGAGGUGGACGACUUCAGCAUCGCGAACCUGACGCUGCAGGAGACGGCGGAGGACAAGGCGGUUAUCGGCACGUACGCGACGCACCUGUACCCGCAGUCGUCGUGCGAUGCGGCGCGCUGGCUGCGCAUGCGGCUCGACCUGCUGUCGAACCACACGACGCUGUGGCUCAACGUGUCGCAGUACGGGCCGCAAGCCGCGGCGGCCGAGGCCGCGGGCGCGCCGCUCGUCAUGGGCGAGACGAACUCGGUGUCGUGCGGCGGCAAGAGCGGCAUCAGCGACACGUUCGGGGCCGCGCUCUGGGGCGCCGAUUACGUGCUCACGGGCGCGACGAUCGGGGUCAGGAAGACGUACUUCCAUCUCGGCGCGCAGAGCGAGUACAGCGCUUUCACGCCGAAGGCGUAUGAGUUGAAGAACGAGACGUUGGGAGCGGGGAUUAGGGCGAAUUGGUACGGGCACUAUUUCAUCGCGAAGGUUGUCCAAGGUGGUGGGGAGGAGCUUAGCGUUGCGGCGCUGCCUGGUGCGAAUUCGAGUGAUUUGAGCGGGUUUGCGGUUUACGGCGGCGGCGCGGCGGGGAACGCGACGAAGGAGUUGAAGAAGCUCGUGUUCCUCGACAUGGGGAUCUGGAACGGGACUGAGGGGCUGAGCAAUAAUUCUACCCUCAAGGCGACGGAUGGCACAUUCUUCAGCCAGGGCGCGAGGCCGAACGCUACGAUCACGGUCUCGACGCCGUGGGCUGCGGGGAGCAAGGUCGGUGUCACGAGGCUCACGGGUCCAGGGACGAACGCGAAGAGCGGCGUUGCGGUCUCGGGGGUCACGUUCGAUGCGCAGACUGGCGAGAAGGUGGGCCAGGAGGUCGAGGAGACGCUUCAGGUGGGACAGAAUGGCGUGGUGGAGGUUAGCCUGAGGAGGGCCGAGGGCGUGCUGCUUGGGAUCGCGGGAGCGUCGAACGGCACUUCGGGUGCUGGAUCCGGAUCUGAGUCUCAGCCUGGGUCUGGAGGAGAGAUCACUCCGAAAAUUUCAGGGGCGAGGGAAAAGGAGGUGGUGGCUUGGAGUGUGUUGAUAAUGGGUGUAGUAGCUGCUGUGUUCACGAUGUGAUUUUGAGAACUGUCUGAAAAGUGCCUAAUAGGACGUAAGAUUAAAAAUUAAUUGAUUAAUUUAUUUGAUUUUAAUGCAGGACCUCGAUUAGGCCUGUUGUUGCCAGUUAUGGCGGUGUCCUCGACCAUUUAAAAGGGGGUAUGUGCCAUAGUAGGGAAUUAGAAAAAUAUUCGAAAGUUAAAAGGCAAGUUGAUGAUUAAUAAAUAGUAUUAAAAUUAAGGUGUAUAAUGCUGGA